AUGGCGGCGCCCAGUGGCUCCAUGAGCGAUUCGGACAGCAGCAGCAGCGAUGCUGAGGAGCUGGCGCGGUGCCGCGAGGCCGCGAGGCCGGCCUGGGGCCUGGAGCAGCGCCUGCCCGGGGCCGGGACGACAGGAGGCGGUGCUGCAAAGAGCCAGCCACCCGCCUCCCAGCCAAGCCUCAGGUACUGUUACUGUCGGUCUGUAAGUGUGUGUGUGUGUGUGUGUGUGUGUGUCCCAUGCGUGUGCUGCAGGCACCGGGUAGACGAGCAUGAGCAAGAUGGCAACGAGCUGCAGACCACCCCCGAGUUCCGAGCCCACGUGGCCAAGAAGCUGGGAGCCUUGCUGGACAGCUCCAUUAGCAUCGCCGAGGUCGUGAGGGAGCCGAGAAAGACCACAGUGCAGAGAGAGGCCCCGGAGGACGACGGCUUCCGUCUCUUCUUCACGUCCAUCCCCGGAGACUCUGGAAAGGCAGCUGAACUCCAACCCCGCAGGAAACGACAGCCCCCAAGCUCCAGCGAGGACAGUGACGAAGAAUGGCAACGGUGCCAGGAGGCCGCCGUGUCCGCCUCUGACAUCCUGCAGGAGUCAGCCAUCCACAGCCCCGUCCAGCAGGAGGAGGAGACCAGGAAGAAAAAGAAGAAGAAAAAGUUGAAAAGGAAAGCCCAGAAGGUGGCUGAUGUUGACUCAGCUGUGACCACUGCUACCACCGGGGCCACGGUCCAGAAGCAGGAAGAAGGGCUGGGCAAGGCCAACGGGGCCCAUGCAGCCUUGGGGACCAAGAAGAAGAAAAGGAAGAAAAAGGUGAGGAAGGCCCAUGAGACUGCUCCCCCAUCACCAACAGCAAGCCCAGAGGCCGCGCCAGCACACUGACCCAGUCUCCGGGCACAGGGCCCCACAGCACUGAGGACAGGCACCCUGGAGGUGGGACAUUUUCAUGCCCGCCUCUCCAAGGUCAGGGACUUGGCUGGCAAGGCUGGACUGGCCCACGAGACCUUGAUCAUGACUGGAGCCCACCCAGGGGUUGGGGCAGAAGAGUGGCUUCAGGGUGAGACAGCCUAGCCUUACCUCCCUCCAAGGGCCAAGGCAGACCCAGUACCAGAACAUUCCACGGUUCCAAGGCUCAGGGCUGGUGGCAAAUGGCCAGUAUCUCCCAGUGGUCUCCGAGGUGGGCAAGGAAAUUGAGCCUCUCUUCCCCAGCCCACGCAGGCUGGGAGAGAAGGGAUCCCCGUAGCCACCACAGAACCAGGCUGGGAAAGCAGGAAGUUGUGCCCAUUGGUCUAACUUUGUGUUUUGUAAGUUUACACAUGUGGGCAGCUGCACUCGGCCAGCUGCAUGGGAAAUACAUUGUGAGGGAC